AUGUAUCAAGCUGGGAAUAUGAGCGGGAAAACUUUAAAAGAAGAUGAUCAUGAUUUUUCUGUUUUGAAAAAUUACAAUCAAUUAUCAAUACAGUCUUACAGUUGUAUGUAAUUUUAACUUUUUGUAUUGCAAUUUGAAAAUUGUUUAUUUAUUUAAAUAUUAUGGUUUUAGUGAUUGCACUCCAGUAGCUUUAUAUGAAGAACUUCACGCGUGUUCAAUGCCCAAUGCUAUUUUAAUAUGUGAAACAGACAUUCUUAGAGAUGGCAAUUGUCUUAUUCAUUCUAUUAUAAGACUGAUGAAACUCAGAAUUUUAACUUCAGAUAUGAGAAAACAACUUCUUGAAGCUACUUAG